CCGAUGGACACAAAUGUGAGUAUUAAUAAUUCAUCGUUAAGAAAUGAUGAUAAAUAAAUGUUGUAUCAUUAUUAUUGUAGCCUUCAUAAGCGAAAGUUAAAAAUUGUGUACCUUCAAAAAUCAAAACCAAACAUUUUCUUGGUUUAUCUACAACUGCAAGAACAAAGGCGAUCAUCAUCGACAAACAAACAACACUUCUGCGAAUUUCUCUCUCCUAGGGCUACCUCUUUCCUGUCGGUGACAAAAAGGUUUGUAGGUUCUGUAGCAACUCGGAGUUGUGCUCCGGGUGUUCAAUUUUACAAUGAUGGAAUUCCAUGGGGAUUUUCUAGAGUUCCUUGAUCGUGAUGUUUCAACUUUGAUUCUUAUGGGCUUGGAUGAUCUUGCUGACAUCGUUCGUGCUAGUUCUGUGUCGAGAUUGUGGCGUGAUUUUGUGAUAACAAAUGGUAUUUGCAAACAUCUGUGUCUAAAACUAUUUCCUCAGCUUUCUGGCAUUAGUCGUGUGGUGGAAACAAGCAACAAAAACGGGAAGUGUGCAGAUGUUGGUUGCAGCCGGUCCAUUGAAUGGGAGCAUUUGAAAAUGGAACACAGAGCAUUUGUCUGUUUAGCUCGAGGUCUUGUAUCAUCAGAGGUGGGUGAAUGUAUCUCAGAUGCCAUUUGUGCUUCCAGCACAGAUAAUUAUCCGGAAGAAAGUGUUCAUCACACACUGGAACCCAGGGAUAGGAUUGGACGUAGAGCUUCAUACUGGUCAAGCUCUGGACAAAGUAACCCCGAAGUGACUGAAAAGUUAAUUUACAAGUUGAUUUCUAACUUUUGCAUCAUCACUGAAAUAAAUGUUCAGCCUUUCAAAGCUUUUUUCCAGGCAGAUUCUCCUAUUUAUUCUGCGAAAUAUGUGCGCUUUCACUUGGGGCACAGAGCAUAUGCUGAUGACAGUGAGGAAGAUGAUACCGUUCUUGAAGAUCCGCAAUGUGCUGCAAAAAACUUUGUGUGGACCUACACAUCACAGUUAUUUCCAAUGGUGCAGGAGAGUCACCUACAAAGUUUCAAGCUUCCAGAACCUGUCAUAUGCUUUGGUGGAUUCCUGCAGAUAGAGCUUGUUGGUAGAGUUCAAAGACAAGAAAUGGAUGGACUUUUUUACAUAUGUGUGGCACAUGUUAAAGUGCUUGGGCGUUCCUUGUCUCCUGUCUUUGGGAUUGAUCCUCUUGAUCAAAAUGGAACGUUUAUGCUUUUGUACAACCCUGAUGCAAAGUUUCCUUCCCCAUCUACUACUAACGAAUCCGAUAAGAUCAGUGCAACACCUGAGAUGGAACAAAGACAAUCUAGAGGCGGGUGGGAGCAGAUUCUAAACAUGCUACGCGGAACUUUAGGGGUUGAGGUAUAUGAUUCCGAUGAUGAGGUUCAUGAUUUGGAUGUGGAUGAUGAGAUGGGUGAGGAGUAUGCUCUUUAGAACUUUGUUUUAAAUUUUAUGUCAUGCUUCAUAAUGUUGUAUGUACACUAAUCAUUUUAGCCCGUGGCUCGAAUGGGGUUGUAGCUCAUUUUAAGUUGCGUGAUUGAAGUAUAUGAUUGUGAAAUAACGCUUCUAACUAGUCAUAAAAGUUACAGUGGUUAGUAAUAAUAUUAAUAACCAAGGGUUGAAAUUGAAGUAUCAAUCCUUACUUUUCACUUUUCA